GAUGGCGCAUCCCUACUUGGCCACAUUCGAAAAUUCGACCAUGAUUCCACGAUGAAUUUCUCCCGUCCGAUCGGCGUGUACAAGGUUAGCUCCGCUCCAAGUCCGAUCUCCGUCGCCGCGAGACCGUCCGUUUAUCACCCGCUCGGUUCCCGCAUGUCGCGCGUUGCGACAGUCCGGCCGCGUGUAACAUGACGAUUCUCUGGAAAUUGUUGUCCAGUCCUGGUGUCCUGCGGAGACCGGGACGAUGCGGGAUCGACGUGGCGCAGAGGUAUCUGUUCGGCGCGUGCCUGCCUCGCCAGGCCGUCAGGCUCUCCAGGAGCGGCCACGUGCUCAUCGGACUGCGGCACCGCGCGAGCACCGACGCCGUGGUGCGCGCGGUUAAGGCGAGGAGACGCUCGGAGCUGAGGACGCUGAUCUUACUCGCCGCCCCCGAGAAGUGGACCCUGAUGAAGGCCGUCGCCCUGCUGCUCGUGUCGUCCAGCGUGACAAUGGCGGUCCCGUUCUGCUUUGGCAAAGUGAUAGACGUUGUCAAUACCGUGGAAAAAACGAACAUGAAGGAAAACCUUAAUCGGCUAACGCUUGCUCUGUUUGUAGUAUUUCUCAUAGGCGGCGUGAGCAACUUCGGCAGGGUUUAUCUCAUGUCGACGGCCGGCUACAGAAUCACGCAGUCUCUCAGGAAGCGGGCGUACGCCGCUAUCCUUCGACAGGAAACGGCGAUGUUCGACAGGCAAAGCACGGGAGAACUUGUCGGGAGAUUGAGCGGAGAUACACAGCUUAUCAGCUCCGCUGUAACGUCCAACGUGUCGGAUGGUUUGCGCUCCGCUAUAAUGGCAGUCACAGGAGUGUCUAUGAUGUUUUACGUGUCGCCACCGCUGGCUCUACUCGGCUUAGCCAUCGUACCACCUGUCGCGGUCGUCGCUGUCAUCUGUGGACGCGUCUUGAAGAAAAUCUCCAAGGAUCUGCAGAGCAGUCUCGCGGUGGUCAACACGACGGCGGAGGAAAGGAUCAGCAAUAUAAGGACCGUCAAGGCGUUCGCGCAGGAAAGACGCGAGAUCGAGAGAUACAGCGCUAAACUGCAAGACGUUCUCAAGCUGUGUUACAAGGAGAGCCGAUACAGAGGAUUGUUCUUCGGCAUGACCGGUCUCUCCGGCAACGCCAUUGCUCUCUCGGUCCUUUAUAACGGCGUGUUCAUGGUCUCGAGCUCCGAUAUAACGAUCGGAAGCUUGAGCGCCUUUCUAUUGUACGCCGGGUACGUGGGCAUAUCUCUGAACGGCUUGUCCAGGACGUACAGCGAGUUAAAUAAGGCUCUGGGAGCGAACGCUCGUCUAUUCGAGCUGAUCGAUCGGCAGCCGCUCAUUCCCAUUCAGGGCGGGCAAAUCUUAGAGAGAGAAUUGUCGGGCGACGUUGCGUUCCGAGACGUUCACUUCGCGUAUCCAACGCGGGAGAAGAUGCCCGUGUUGAAAGGUUUCAAUUUAGAUAUAGAAAAGUGUUCCGUGAUGGCUAUCGUUGGUUCCUCGGGCUCUGGCAAAUCCACCGUGGCGACGCUCUUGUUGAGACUGUACGACCCUACCGAGGGAUCGAUACUCCUGGACAAGCACGAUCUCCGGUUACUCGAUCCCACGUGGGUCAAGUCCCAGAUUAGCAUUGUAUCCCAGGAGCCAGUUCUCUUCAGCGGCUCGAUAAGGGACAACAUAUUGUACGGAAUGGAAUCUGCGACGGACGCCGACGUGGAAGAGGCCGCGAGGCAGGCGCAUGUGUUGCAGUUCGCGGAGAAAAUGACCGAUGGAUUGGACACGAUGGUUGGGGAAAGGGGCAUUGCCCUUAGUGGCGGGCAGCGUCAAAGAGUCGCCAUUGCCAGGGCGCUAAUAAAGAAACCAAAAAUUUUAAUACUUGACGAAGCGACUAGUGCCUUAGACGCGGAGAGCGAGUAUUUCGUUCAAGAGGCUUUAGAACGUGCUAUUCGCGGAAGGACGGUGAUAACGAUCGCUCACAGGCUGAGUACAAUAAAAAAUGCCGAUAAAAUCGUGGUGCUCGACGGAGGACAAGUGGCGGAAACUGGCACUUAUACCGAGUUGAUGAAUCUGGAGCAUGGCCUUUUCAAGAAAUUAGUGAAACAUCAAACGUUCGCAUAGGUGUACAGAAAUUGCUGGAUAAUAAUUGUUCGCUGCAACGUUAUAACGUUCGUUUAGAGUCUAUCAAUGUAUUAUAUGUAUAUAUAUAUGUACGUAUUUAUCAUCUUAAGUAUGGGAGAAUUGAACAAUUUCUGUACAACAUUGGCAUAUUUCUCCUGGGAGAAUAUAUUGCCAUCUGAAAUUGGAAUAAAAAAAAAUAGCAGUCUAGUGUUA